UGUGUGUUUCACUCGGAGCGGCGCUGUAGACAGUGUGCGGUGUAGUUAUGUAGUAAACACUGAAGGCUAGCUCACACUCACUGUGUCUCGGCUGUAGUUGUCUAGUGAUGGCGGCGGGAGGAGCAGCGCAUGUGGGGGAUGUGGAGGAGGACGCGUCUCAGCUCAUGUUUCCUAAAGAGUUUGAGAACGCAGAGACCCUGCUGAACUCGGAGGUGCACAUGUUACUGGAGCAUCGCAAGCAGCAGAACGAAAGCGCAGAGGACGAGCAGGAGCUGUCCGAGGUCUUCAUGAAGACCCUCAACUACACGGCCAGAUUCAGCCGCUUCAAGAACAGAGAGACCAUCGCCAGCGUGCGCAGCUUGCUUCUGCAGAAGAAGCUUCAUAAGUUUGAGUUGGCCAGUUUAGCCAAUCUGUGUCCGGAGGCAGCAGAGGAGGCCAAAGCACUCAUCCCCAGUUUGGAAGGCCGGUUUGAGGACGAGGAGUUACAGCAAAUCCUGGACGACAUUCAGACCAAACGUAGCUUCCAGUACUGAACCUGCAUCCUUCACUCACUCAAGAUGAUAUACUGCUGUCAUUGUUCCCUUCUGUCCUUGUUUAAUGUGCUGUUGUUCUGAAAAAUAAAGUGUUUUUGAU